GAUUUCUGUAUCGCUUUACAUGAGAGUUCACGUGCUUCAAUGACGCUACUGACGCAACGACGCACGGAGGCGCGCGCGUUCACGUUGCGUAUAAAAUGUUUGAGGCCGCCUCUGUACGGUCUCUUUCUCAAUCGGGGACAACAUGGUGAGUUUGGUUUUCUGACAGUAGCUGAGUCUCACCGUAAGUUUUCGGCUCCACGCCACGGGUCUCUGGGCUUUCUGCCCCGCAAGAGGAGCAGUCGCCAUCGUGGUAAGGUAAAGAGCUUCCCCAAGGAUGACCCCAGCAAGCCCGUUCACCUCACAGCCUUCCUCGGCUACAAGGCUGGAAUGACUCACAUCGUCCGUGAAGUGGACAGACCUGGCUCAAAGGUCAACAAAAAGGAGGUGGUUGAGGCAGUCACAAUCGUCGAGACUCCUCCCAUGAUUGUGGUUGGCCUUGUGGGCUACGUCGAGACACCUCGUGGUCUGCGCUCCUUCAAGACCAUCUUCGCUGAGCAUCUCAGUGAUGAGUGCAGGCGUCGCUUCUACAGAAACUGGUCUAAGUCCAAGAAGAAGGCUUUCACCAAGUAUUGCAAGAAGUGGCAGGAUGAUGAGGGCAAGAAGCAGCUGGAGAAGGACUUUGCUUCCAUGAAAAAGUACUGCAAGGUCAUCCGUGUCCUUGCUCACACACAGAUGCGACUGCUGCCCCUGAGGCAAAAGAGGUCCCACUUGAUGGAGAUUCAGCUGAAUGGAGGCACCAUCUCCGACAAGAUUGACUGGGCCAGAGAGAAGCUUGAGCAGGCUGUUCCCAUCAACACUGUGUUCGGCCAGGAUGAGAUGAUUGACGUCAUUGGAGUAACCAAGGGUCAUGGCUACAAGGGUGUGACGAGCCGUUGGCACACAAAGAAGCUGCCCCGCAAGACCCAUCGUGGUCUACGUAAGGUGGCCUGUAUUGGUGCCUGGCAUCCAGCUCGUGUGGCCUUCUCUGUUGCCCGUGCUGGUCAGAAGGGCUACCACCACCGUACUGAGAUUAACAAGAAGAUCUACAAGGUUGGCCAGGGUUACCACACCAAGGAUGGCAAGCUGAUCAAGAACAAUGCCUCCACUACCUACGAUAUUUCCAACAAAAGCAUCAACCCAAUGGGUGGAUUUGUCCACUAUGGUGAGGUGACCAAUGACUUCCUGAUGCUGAAAGGCUGCGUGAUUGGAACCAAGAAGAGGGUGCUGACUCUGCGUAAGUCUCUGCUGACGCAGACCACCCGUAAGGCCCAGGAGAAGAUCGACCUCAAGUUCGUCGACACCACUUCCAAGUUUGGCCAUGGGCGCUUCCAGACUAUGGAUGAGAAGAAGGCCUUCAUGGGACCACUCAAGAAGGACCGCCUUGCCAAGGAGGAAACUGCUUGAGCUUUCAUCAGCCCUGCUCUGCCUGUGGAUUCAUAAGUGGUCAUGCAGCACUGCAGAAUUAUUUAAUAAAAAGCCCAAAAAAACA